AUGAAAGAGUUCAACAACAAGCCACCAGUGCCAGGAGUCAAACUCAUCGGAUACGUCGACGACCUCCAAGCACAUCUUCCACCAGGUUUGGCUAGGAACAUGCAGGCCAUAUCCACUGUAACGAAUUGGAUUCAGGAACGUCUCUCCCAAAAAGGGAUUGAGCUCAGUCUCCCGAAAUCCAAAGUGCUUUUCCCGGAAGGUCUUUGCAUGUCCUCUUUGACAAACGACGAACAGCAACAAUUGACGAAAAUUGGUCUGUCAGUUGCUGAAGGUGGCAUGCCAGUUGUCGGGAUCCCAGUAGGAACAGAGGAGUUCCAGAGGAAUUUCGUUUCCAAAAUCGCCCGUGGUGACCCGGCGGAAUUGAUACUCCGCCUAGCAACGCUUGACGACCCUCAAGCCAGCUAUCAACUGCUGCGUUUAUCUGGUGUGCCACGUUUGUUCCAUCUGCUGAGGACGAUUGCACCGUCUAUCACCAACUCUGCCGCAAAAAUACAUGACAACAUGAUGAUGUGGGCAAUGAGUAAGAUCGUCCUUGGCAAGAUGGCCGACAGCAUGAGAAUACCAACGGUCAAAGAGGUACGCGCAGACCCGACGAAGAGCGAGGAGGUAGAUUUCUUCAAAGAGACAGCUCGGGCGCAGGUGCACCUACCCAUGCGAGAAGGAGGACUAGGAAUCACGAGCAAUGUUCUCAUUCGAGAAUCGGCUUUUGUGGCAGGGCAAGCGCUGGUGUUCUCCAAGUCAGUGCAAGCAUCGACAGGAUACACAGUUGAGCAAUGUCUACCCCGGCUUGCCCAGCUACCGACAGGAUUGGCUCUGAUUGACUCGCUGAAGAAGCUAGAGGAAAUCAUCACCAAAGACAAGCUUGAAAAAGCUGUUGGGCAGUCAUGGGCUAAACUUGCCACAAGUGAUGAGUUAACCCCCGCCCUCAAAGGAGUUUACUUGUUGGAAGCAGGGAAGGCGGGAAAACCCCGUGAAGAUGGAAACCCUGACGUAGAACAUCAACCACCGUCUACCUUCAGCCGAAAUGAAUUUGGUCAACACUACCAAGUCUUUGGAGCCCAAGCUCUCCUUUCGAAACCUCUUCAUGCAGCAGUGCGCCACAUGGUGGAGACAGACUUGCAGAAAGUAGUAGGCGAGGAAACGCCAAAGAAGAGGGCGUUGAUCCGCUUGGAGGAAGCGAAAGGCAAGGGAGUUUUGUCGUGGUUGACAACGCAAGGGUUGUCAGCAGAUGAAAGAAUGCUGCCUGAUCUAUAUCGAGAGUCAAUCGGUCGUGUACUGGGGAGUCACGAUCGAGCAGACUGCAACACAGGCAAACUUUGUGGUGCAGGUGCAUUGUUACCAUGCAAGGACCGCUUGAGCCGAGCCCACUCCCUCGUCUGCACCAAGACCGGCGCCUCAACCUUCCUCCAUAACAGGAUGGUUCGAGUGGUCCUCAAGACACUGCGCGAGUGCCAUAUGCCCAUCGCCGUUGAGGAUUCUUCCCCUUUUACCACAGGCACUGGUAGGGGAAAGGGGCUAUACAAGAUGGAUUUGGUAAUCCCCCCAGGAUUACACGCAGGAGAGAAGGAAGAGGACCUCUGCACCAAGUCCAUUCUGAUCGACGUAACAAUCGUCAACCCAUCAGCAGGUCGAAGCAUCGACAAGUCGAUCCUUAAGCCAGGAUCAGCCCUCGAAGAUCGAGCUGCAAGUAAGGCAAAUCACUAUGCGGGAACUUUCAACCCGUCUAGAUCUACCCUCCUUACUGCUGCUUUUUCAACGAAUGGUGGUCUUGGCAAAGGCACCAAUCGACUCAUCGUUGCUAUCGCCAACCACUUGGCGCACGAAGCUUUUUGCCGGGAAAAUUUUGACGACGAGAGGGCCUUAGUUCGCCUGAAAGCUUUUCAUACUAACAGGAUUCGGAGACGGUUUACCUUCGAGCUAGCUCGUUUUCUGUCGAUGCGAACUCGCGAUGUGUUCAAACGUCAUGGGCUACUGAUCGACCAACUUCCACCAGGGCCAAUCGGUUGGGAUCUCUGCGACAACGAUAGUAGUGAGGGGCUAGGGAAGAACUGCCCAGAGAUUCUUCUUGUCGAAAUGAGGAUCGGAAUGAUGGUAGCGAAAACAAGGAGGACACUGGUGAAAGUACUCCUAAACGAACUCGAGUACUAGGUAAUAGCCUUGGUAGACGCGUGCAUUUUUCGUCUGUUGCUGCUGUUUCUAUUUUCAAUCCGAAGGAUAGUUUAGCCUCCCCCAUGCUGCCCCCUCACGGGGUCCCAGUUCAUUGUAGAUAGAAGUGUUUUGUGUUUUCAACCGCACUAAGACUGACGUCUUUUCAUUGGUCAGCCGGUUAGCGCGGUCGAUGCAAAUAAUAAAAGCACACGCGUACACGUACAUAGUUUGGGCUUUGCUGUGAGGUGGAUACCAUGGUGGUGCACGGUGGAAUGAAAAAUCGCCCCGGAUCGCGGAUGAACGCGGAUGAACGCGGAUGAACAUUUUAGUCUACAGGCUUGGGACCGUUCUCUUGGGAUCGUUACAAGCACAGCCAUGUCUUCAAUGCACACUCGCUGGCCAAUGGGCAGGAACACAUAUCCUGCGGGGAGGUGGACGUAGGAUAUGGCAAUGUCACGGUUCCGGUGUUGGUGUCCUUUGGCACGUUGUAUCCAGAAUGCAAGACUGUUCGGGAAAGGAGAUACACAAGCACGCCUGGACAAAUCGCUCCUUCAAUUCCUCCAUGCAUGCGCGCGCGUAUGUACAAGAACAAUUGUUUCCCCCGGAACGCGGCGAAUAGUCUAUCGCGGGGCACACGUACGUGUCGUUCCGACGAGAGCGAAAUCCAUCCGUCGUUUUGCGGCGAAAAAGCUUCCGCGAUCCUGUCGUUGGCAGGGACGGCCGAUCGAUGGGGUGAUUUCUCGCGUCUCGGGCGUUCGGCUAAAAAGGUGCGUGGUUCAAGCUUUCGAACUGAAGUGAUCAUUAAUUCACAUUUUUUUUCGGUUCUGUGAGACUGUGGAGACCACCUAUAUAAAGGUUGAAACUCCCCAACGUCUGUCGAGGACGAAACCCUCUUUUCCACAAUGGCGGCGACGAAGAGAUAUCAGCGUGUCUGCUUUCGGUUGCAAAGGACACGGGUUCAAAACCCGCUGCUCACCUUAUUUCCUUCCGGAGUACGGAAAAAAGAAGAACGGUGGGUGGGCCAAGAAAGGAUGCACUGUCUAUCGAACUCGAAACUUCUGGCAAUGCGUGGCGGAAGUGGCGCACCCGCACACACGCACAGAAGAGUGCCUCGAAAAAGGGGGGGG